AGCUGCCUGGCCCCACCUCCUCCCUGUGUGUACUCAGGGAGGACCAGGAACAGGACAUGGCCACAAUCUAAACCGACCACAGUCUCAACCACCCGGCUCAGGUGUCACCCUGACUGCUCACCCAGAGACUGGCAGUGGCCUGGGGUCCCUUUGGGUGGGGAGGCCUUACAGGGGCCCCUCCCUGCCCAGGUCCUGCAGGAGUUAAUGCCUUUGGCUCCAGUCUCUUUCUCUGCGGCCUUGGGCCAGAGGGUGGAGGUAGGACCUGGGGCAGCUGUGGGGAGGGGCUGUGACCUCCCUGAGGUGCUCUAGAUUUGUGCCCACCCUGGCCUGGGCACAGGGAGGGGAGAGGGAUAAGGACUGGGGUGGGAGAGCCACUGGGGUGGCUUGACUCAGAGUCCCACAUCCCAGCCAGGGGGAGACACAGGAGAAAUGGGCCAGGAUGGGGGCAGGAGGCGAAGGCUAUUUCCCUGGCUGCCAGCCUUGAGGUGUGAGCUGGAAACAACCUGUUAAGGCCCCCUUUUCCCCUCCCUCCAAAGCCAACUUGGUGGAGUUCACGGUGAGCAGUGAAGCUGCUGCCCAUGCCUUAAUCCUACCUCUCCUGCUCUCCAACUUCUCCCACCAGCUCUGCCCCUGUCCAUCUCCCCCUGAACUCCUGAGGUCCAGGGAGGAUCCUGGGCCAGGGUAGGAUCACACUGCAAGGAAGGAUGUGGGAGGGACAGGACAUGGGAAGAGACAUCCACUCAGGCUUCACUCUCCCUACUCCUCCCCGUGCCCUCAGGGAAGCCAGCCAAAUAUGACCCCACCUUCCGAGGUCCCAUCAGGAACAGGUAAGUUCUGGGCACCUGCCCAACUAGGGGGUGGGGGUCUUCGUUUUGCAUUGUAUUUGCUGAAAUAUUGGUAAUAAGUUUAUAAAAAAGAAAACUCCUGCCCCAGGAAAGUGGUGCCCUUGGGUGAACUCUUCUGUCUGGGGCAGGCACAAGGGGCCUUCUGGGGUGCUGGUGAGGUUCUGUUUCUUGACCUGGAAGCUGGCUACACGGGUGUGUGCUGUUUGGGAAAAUUCAUCCAGUGGGGCACUUAGGAGUUGUUUACUUUUCUGGGUCAUACUUCAGAAGUUUACUCACCCAAAAAACAGUUAUUUGGGGUUUUUUUUGUCAUCUCCCCCACACACACCUUCCUGAGGACAAAUGGAAACAAGCGCUUCUUAUUUAUUCCCUGGUGCAUUGUGAGAAAAAGGUUUUCUUAGAAAAAUAAAAUAAAACCUACCGGCACACCUUCUCCAGCAUCCCCCGACUCUCCAACCCGUGACUCCUCCAAACCAUGCGCCCCGCCUCCCCCUCCAAAGCCUCCCCCCACUUCUCUCCCAGGAGCUGCACAGACAUCAUCUGCUGUGUCCUCUUCCUUGUCUUCAUUCUGGGUUACAUCGUGGUGGGGAUCGUGGCUUGGGUGUACGGAGACCCCCGGCAAGUCCUCUACCCCAGGAACUCUACCGGUGCCUACUGCGGGGUAGGGGCUAAUGAAGAUAAACCGUAUCUUCUGUACUUCAACAUCUUCAGCUGCAUUCUGGCCACCAACGUCAUCGUGGUCGCUGAGAACGGCCUGCAGUGUCCCACACCCCAGGUGUGUGUGUCCUCCUGCCCCAAGGAUGCAUGGACGGUGGAAGCCAAGCAGCUCUCGCAGAAGGUUGGGGAGGUCUUCUACAUGGCAGACAGGAACUUUUGCCUGCCAGGGGUGCCCUGGGAUAUGCCAGUGACCCAAAGCCUGCAGCAGGAGCUCUGCCCCGGAUUCCUCCUCCCUUCCACUCCAGCUCUGGGGCGUUGUCUUCCGCUGGCGAACAGCACUCCACCCGAACUCCCAGGGAUCCCCAGCAACACCUCCAUCUCCCACGGGAUCAGCGGUGUUCUUGACAGCCUCAGUGCCCGUGACAUCACUGUGAAGAUUUUCGAAGAUGUUGCCCAGUCCUGGCAUUGGAUUCUUGUCACCCUAGGUGUGGCUCUGGUCCUGAGCCUGCUGUUUAUCCUGCUUCUGCGCCUGGUGGCCGGGCCGCUGGUGCUGGUGCUGAUCCUCGGGGUGCUGGGCGUGCUGGCAUACGGCAUCUACCACUGCUGGGAGGAGUACCGAGUGCUGCGGGACAAGGGUGCCUCCAUCAACCAGCUGGGCAUCACCACCAACCUCGGCGCCUACCGCAACGUUCAGGAGACCUGGCUGGCUGCCUUGAUCGUGCUGGCUGUGCUUGAAGGCAUCCUGCUGUUGCUGCUGAUCUUCCUGCGGCAGCGGAUCUGCAUCGCCAUCGCCCUCCUGAAGGAGGCCAGCAAGGCUGUGGGGCAGAUGAUGUCUACCCUGUUCUACCCUCUGGUCACCUUUGUCCUCCUGCUCAUCUGCAUUGUCUAUUGGACCAUGACUGCCCUGUACCUGGCCACAUCCGGGCAACCCCAAUAUGUCCUCUGGGUGCCCAACGCCAGCUUGCCCGGCUGUGAAAAAGUGCAAAUGAAUACAUCGUGCGACCCCAUGGCCCAGCCCGUGAACUCCUCAUGCCCAGGGCUGGGGUGCGUCUUCCAGAGCUACUCAUCCACAGGCCUGGUUCAGCGUUCUCUCUUCAAUUUGCAAAUCUACGGGGUCCUGGGUCUGUUCUGGACCAUCAACUGGGUACUGGCCCUGGGCCAGUGUGUCCUGGCUGGGGCCUUUGCCUCCUUCUACUGGGCCUUCCACAAGCCCCGGGACAUCCCCACCUUCCCCCUGAGCUCUGCCUUCAUCCGCACACUCCGUUACCACACUGGGUCGCUGGCCUUUGGAGCCCUCAUCCUGACCCUUGUGCAGAUAGCCCGAGUCAUUCUGGAGUACACUGACAGCAAACUGAGAGGAGCCCAGAACCCUGUGGCCCGCUGCAUCAUGUGCUGCUUUAAGUGCUGCCUCUGGUGUCUGGAGAAGUUUAUCAAGUUCCUAAACCGCAAUGCCUACAUCAUGAUCGCCAUCUACGGGAAGAAUUUCUGUGUCUCCGCCAAAAAUGCUUUCAUGCUGCUCAUGCGGAACAUUGUCAGGGUGGUCGUUCUGGAUAAAGUCACAGACUUGCUGCUGCUCUUCGGGAAGCUGCUGGUGGUUGGAGGUGUCGGGGUCCUGUCCUUCUUUUUCUUCACCGGUCGCAUCCAGGGGCUGGGUAGAGACUUUGAGAACCCCUUCCUCAACUAUUACUGGCUGCCCAUCAUGAUCUCCAUCCUGGGGGCCUAUGUCAUUGCCAGCGGCUUCUUCAGCGUUUUUGGCAUGUGUGUGGACACACUCUUCCUCUGUUUCUUGGAAGACCUGGAGAGGAACGACGGCUCCCUGGACCGGCCCUACUACAUGCCCAAAUCCCUUCUGAAGAUCCUAGGCAGGAAAAACGAGGCGUUCCCAGGGGACAAGAAGAAGAAAAAGAAGUGAGAGACGCGGCCCUGAUCCAGGGCUGCACCCCUCCUGUACAGCCUCCCAGCCUCACCCCGCCUUCCAGAUCUCGAUUUUGUAGUUAAAAAAAAUUAUUAAAGGUUGAUACUUUGUUUUCUCAAAAAGUCCGGGACUUUUAUUUCCUCCAUGACGAAUUGCAGCUUUUUUUCCGCCGCCUGGCUCUUUAAAAUAGGCCCCGCCCCCUCUAACACGCCCCAGGAGCCAUGGCCAAUCAAAAGGUUCCUGCGGAGUGAUGUCAGCCCUUCUUCAUCCCAGCCAA